AUGAGCCCAUCACAGGCCAGUAUGUCUUACACUGAAGGCGACGUUUCUCGCCAGAACGAGGACCUUUCAAAGAGCCAUGACACAGCGUCGAAUGGAUCGAUGACGGUUUCCAGCGAAGAUGAGAUCGACUCUGAAGAGCAUGGACGGUCCAAUGCAGCUUCAAUGAACCCACCUGGUGAUAUCCUGCCAAGAGAUAGACAACAGAAGACGCCUACGUAUGACUAUGCAUAUGAGAAAUCAAUGAGCCACGCUGAGGCAAAGCUUUUCUAUCAUCAUCACCAGUUGGCGUCACGAGGUGGUGACUUCGAAAACUUGCAAACUCCAGCGAGCCCUAAUCAUCACAGCGGCGACAUCGAAGCAGAGGACAAGAAGAUGCCGAUUAUGGACAGCAGAGACCAAUUGUCUGCAGGUGCCGUAAAUGGUCUCCUCGAACCGCAAUCUGUCCGGCCUUUGCAAACUUUAGCGCCUACCGGCCAACAGACUUCUCCAGCACCUAAAUCUGAAGGAAACCUCAAUGCUGCCGAGCAACUGUCUAAACUUCAUACAUCGCAUUCUGAUAUCAAUCCCGACCAAAAGCUCUAUCAUUCAUCAGCGGGUGGCAUUCAAACACCCAAUCCAUGGCUGGGACCCUCUCAAGAUACAAUGAACCUCAGGUCUGAUAGCGACGCGGUUGCAACUGAGUUGAAUGCCAUAUACAGCAGAAUACGAGGCUUGCUUGAUCGCAGGUCGCAUUAUAUUCGGCUUUCGGUACAAGGGGACGGUGAUAACCCGAAAGACCAUACUGGUUGGAGGGUUUACCCGCCACCCCCAGAGCCGGCUUGGGAUGGUGAAAAAGAUACAGGGAACCCCGGGGAUACUUCUCAUGGGAGUCAGAAACGAAGGAAGAUGGGCCAGGACAUUGGGGAGGACUUUGACAUGGCAGAACUUAUGCCGCUCCCUGGGGAAUCACACGAAGUCUUCAGGUUGGAUCAGAACAGUGUGUAUCAAGUCUAUGAAACGGCCGAGGCAGCGGAUUUGCGUGAGGCUAUCGUGCAGAUACCCUCAUUGCGUGACUUUUACAUGGACCUUGAGGCCGUUAUCGACGUAUCCUCGGACGGGCCUGCCAAAAGCUUUGCUUUCAAACGCCUUUCUUAUCUUGAAGGGAAAUUUCAGCUCUACGCAUUGCUGAAUGAAUAUCAAGAAAUAGCCGAUAGCAAGAAAGUGCCCCAUCGCGACUUUUAUAACGUUCGAAAAGUUGAUACACAUGUUCACCAUUCAGCUUGCAUGAACCAAAAACAUCUUCUCCGAUUUAUCAAAAGCAAAAUGAAGAAAUCACCAGACGAGGUCGUUCUUUUCAGAGAUGGGAAACAUCUUACAUUGAGAGAGGUAUUUGAAAGUAUCAAACUGACUGCGUAUGACCUAAGUAUCGAUACGCUUGAUAUGCAUGCGCACACUGAUUCCUUUCAUCGAUUUGAUAAAUUCAAUCUCAAGUAUAAUCCUGUGGGAGAGUCACGACUACGCGAGAUUUUUUUGAAGACGGACAACUACAUCAAAGGCCGCUAUCUGGCGGAAAUAACCAAAGAAGUCAUUUCCGACUUGGAAUCUAGCAAGUAUCAAAUGGUGGAAUGGCGUAUUUCCAUUUACGGAAGAUCAAUACAUGAAUGGGACAAGCUUGCUGCCUGGGUAGUAGAUAACAAGCUAUUCUCGCCGAAUGUCCGCUGGCUUAUCCAGGUCCCCCGUCUUUACGAUGUGUACAAAGCGAGUGGUAUGAUGGAGAAUUUCGAACAAGUCAUAACGAAUGUCUUUCUGCCAUUGUUUGAGGUAACGAAAGACCCUCGCAGCCAUCCCAAACUGCAUGUUUUCCUCCAACGUGUUGUUGGAUUUGACAGCGUCGACGACGAAAGCAAAGCGGAGCGUCGUUUCUACCGGAAAUACCCAGUGCCAAGGGACUGGGAUACGAAACAGAACCCGCCGUAUAGCUAUUGGAUCUAUUUCAUGUUUGCCAAUAUCGCGUCUCUCAAUAUCUGGCGUAAAAGGCGCGGGUUCAAUACCUUCGUCCUCAGGCCGCAUUGUGGGGAGGCUGGAGACCCUGAUCAUCUUGCAGUGGGUUUUCUUUGCUGCCAUAGCAUCAGCCAUGGGAUAUUACUGCGAAAGGUUCCCUUGCUACAAUAUCUGUUCUACCUUGAUCAGAUCGGUAUUGCUAUGUCGCCACUCAGUAACAAUGCGCUGUUCCUUACCUAUGACAAAAAUCCGUGUGCCAGUUUCUUCAGACGAGGUUUGAAUAUAUCUUUGUCUACCGACGAUCCAUUGCAAUUUGCUUUUACCAAAGAACCAUUGAUAGAAGAAUACUCAGUUGCUGCACAGAUAUACAAGUUCAGUGCAGUGGACAUGUGUGAGCUUGCUAAACAUUCAGUUGAGCAGAGUGGGUUCGAGCUCUCUUUGAAAGAAAGGUGGCUAGGCGACGAUUGUUGUUUGCCGGGCGUUGCGGGAAAUAAUGUCGCCAAAAGCAAUGUCCCUGAUAUACGUGAAGCAUACAGACAUGAUACCUUACUUGCGGAGUUGAUGCUGAUUGCGAGAUAUUCUGCAUCUGCAGCCACCAGCGGCAUAACAGACCCGGCAAAUCGUAAUCUUCCCAUUAACCUGUCACAAACUACAUAUUCAUCUCCAUUGAUCCCCAAUAUGCCGAACUUUCACGCUUCGUCACGAGUCACUGCUGCUGAGGGCCUAGCCUGUUCAUCAGGGCGCGGUACUGGAUCAACUCCGAAUAACCCUCAAUAUCCGUCUCAAUUUGGGGUUCAGAGUCCAGUUACUACAGCGAACUUCCUCAGCCAGGACCUACAAACCUCCCAGUCGUCAGGCCAUUUUCUUAGUGAAUCACCCAUGUUAACCAGUGGUACUGGUUCUGUAGGGCCAGCAACUGGGACCGACAACUUGCCAGAGCAAAAGAUCUUCCCCGGUGUUGUACACGAACGAGCCCAAAGGAGCAGCAAGUUCAAUCGUCCAGCAGCAGAAGAUAGUAAAGGCCAAUAA